CCCAUCCCAGCCCAUCCUAAUCCCAUCCCACACUGUCCCCACGCUACCCCAUCCCAGUCCCUGUCAUGUCCCAUCCCCAUCCUACCCUCUCCCUAUCCCAUCUCCUCCCAAUUCCACCCAAUCCUGAUCCCAUCUACUACCCGCUACAGGCUGUCCUCAUCCCAUCCUGUCCUCCUCCUCCCAUGCUCUCCACAUUUUGUUCUGUCCCCAUGCCAUCCCUGUCCCCAUCCCAUCCUCAUCCCAUCCCCUCAUCGUCAUAUCCUCUUCUCAUCCCAUCCCAUUCCCAUCCAAAUCUGUCCCCACUCCAUUCAAUUCUGACCACAUCCCCUCUACAUCCUAUUCCACACUCUCCCCAUCCCAUUCCACACCUUCCCUAUCCCAUGUUGUUCCCAUCCUACCCUGAUCCCAGUGCUGUCCUGCCCUGUUUAACAUGCAGUCUUGAUUCCCACCAGACACUGUCCCCACCUUACCCCACCCUAUCCCCCUGCCUUGACCCCAUUCCACCCUGCUCUCUACCAGAAGGGGCAGGACCAGCAGCCCCUCCCCACCACACAAGUGCCUGCAGCUGGGCUGGCUGCCUCGUCCCAUUCGCCUGUGGGCACUUAAGAGCUGGGGGUGGCUGAGGGAGAGCCUGUGCUGGGCAGGAUGGCUACAGGGGAGCAGCGGAGGCAAGAGGAGCGGCGGAGGCGACGGAGGGCUCCGCAGCAAGAGCCGCUCCUGGCAGGGAGCCUGAGCAAGCACCCCCUGCAGAACAGGUGGGCACUGUGGUUCUUCAAGAAUGACAAGAGCAAGAUGUGGCAGGCAAACCUGCGCCUUGUCACCAAGUUCAGCACUGUGGAAGACUUCUGGGCGCUGUACAACCACAUCCAGCCCCCCAGCAAGCUUUCAUCUGGCUGUGACUACUCACUCUUCAAGGACGGCAUCGAGCCCAUGUGGGAGGACAACCAGAACAAGCGUGGUGGGCGCUGGCUCAUCACCCUGGCCAAGCAGCAGCGGCACACGGAGCUGGACCGUUUUUGGCUGGAGACGCUGAUGUGCCUCAUUGGGGAGAUGUUUGAUGAGUACAGUAACGAGGUGUGUGGGGCUGUCAUCAACAUCCGUGCCAAGGGAGACAAGAUUGCCAUCUGGACCCGGGAAGCGGAGAACCAGGAAGGGGUCACCCACAUUGGGCGUGUCUAUAAGGAACACCUGGGCUUGUCACAGAAGGUGGCCAUCGGGUACCAGGCCCAUGCAGACACGGCCACCAAGAGUGGGUCCCUUUCCAAGACCAAGUUUGUGGUGUGACUGUGGGGGGAGUGGGGCACUGCAUGUGGGGUCCCCCUGUCCUGUUCCACAAUGAAUGACUGCAGCUGAGCACAGUCUGUGUGUCCAGGGCUGAGAAAGGGCUCUGGCGUGCUGGGGUGGCUUUUGCUUCUGGCAGGGUCCCCUUGGAGAGGGGGGUGGACAAUGAGUUGCUGUAUCCUGUACCUGCCUGCUGGGUGAGCAGGGCUGGGAGCACAGAGCUGGCAUUGCCCAGGCAUCACUGUCGACUUGGGGCACUGCAUGUCCUCCAGUUCCUGGGACCAGUGUCAGUCUCCCUGGGGCUGCAGGGGUGUCCCCCUGCCCUGGGGGACCCUGGAUAGUCCCCAAGAGGAUGCUGGGCUCUGUCCUCCCCUGGCCAAGGCUCAGCUCACUGCCCUGUGAGUCUGGCUGUGCGAGUGGGUACCAAAGCCCAGCUCAUCUGGGUCAGUUCAGCCUGGGUAGCUGGCUGUUUUUCCCCAAGCCCCUGCACAUCAGUGGGAUACAAGUCUGCCUUCUUGAGAAGACUAGCUCCCCAGCCAUAAAGGGAUCCUCUUACUCUUCCCACCCUGCAGCAGCCCAGCCCAUGCUCUGUCCUUUAAUCUAGUGGUUUUGACUGUUGGAUCUGUCCUUCCCCCCACCCUGCCCGCCUAUUCGUGUUCUGGAGGUGGAGCUGCCUGCUCACCUCCUGGCAGUGCUGUCUGCACUUCUGGCCACGCUGUGGCUCUCCUGCAGGAACAGCCUCUUCCAUCCCCUCCAGGAGCACCUGGGCAGCUCCAGCUCAGCCCAGGGUUGCACAGUGUCCAUGGCAGCACAUCCAGCCCAUCUCCGCUCAGAGCUUGGGGCAUUUGUCCCUCACUGCUGUGUGGUGACUGUGCUGGGUCAGCACUGCCUGCAGCUGGGACUGCUGCCUGCACCUGGGCUUUGCAGGGAGCUGGCAUGGCACUCAAGUCCUGUGGGGGGACAGAGUGUAGAACCACAUGUCCCCCUCCUGUUGCAGUCAGUUGAUGUGUGCCUGGCCCCCACUCUGCAGGCAGGGGCUGUGGCCAUGGCACCCUGGUGCACCCCAGUGCAGCCCUGUGGGGUUUGCUAGAGCUGGCUGUGUCCUGCCCUGCUCUGGGACACUGGUGUAGCUUCUCCAGGGCCACCAGUGCCACAGUUCCCCUGGGGCAGCUGUGCCAGGGCUCUGCCUGUCCUGUGCCAGGGCUCUGCCUGUCCUCCACC